UAAAACCGUGAAGCUGACUUUCGAAUCGGUGUGUUGUGAUCGUGAGUCAGUGUCAGUCGGUACCGACUCGCAGGCGGCUGCGGACGCCAUGCUGCGCGCAGUGACAGACGGCUGGAAACGCUACUGGUGGGGAACAGGGAUUUUGCCAGACCGAACAAAUCGUAUAGAAGACAUCUACUUAAGAUUUUACAACGGAAGCACAGAAGAGGAGUACGUAGACUUUCCCCUGGGCCAAGCUUCCCGCCUGUUCGAAAUAAAGGGCUUCGACAAGAACAAUCCCACUGUGCUGUACAUACAUGGAUUCAUCGAAACGGCGCAACAGGAGAGUGUCCAGGUCAUGGUGAGCGCCUACUUGGAAGCUAAGCCCAGCACCAAUGUCGUGCUCCUGGACUGGUCUAAUAUGUCACAUGGCUCGUACUUGGUCAACGCUGCAAGGAACACUAAAAAGGUGGGCGCAGCGGCAGCAGAGCAGAUCCACAAUCUGCUGGAAUCCGGACUGCAGCUGGAGAAGCUGCACGUCGUCGGACACUCGCUCGGCAGCCACGUCGCCGGCUACACGGCGAGGGAGCUCAAGAACAAAUAUCAAAAGACUGUCAAAAGAUUAACCGCUCUCGAUCCGGCCUUCCCAGCGUUUUACCCCGACGGCGUGAUGAUGGAGCACGUGAGCGCCAAGGACGCCGAGUUCGUGGACGUGAUCCACACGGACGCCGGCGGCUACGGCGCGCCCGUGCGCACGGGGACCGCCGACUUCUGGCCCAACGGCGGCAAGAGCAUACAGCCCGGCUGCCCGAGGUUCGCCCCCAUACCGCUCUCUGAUGAUAAUUUAUGCAGUCACUGGAGGUCAUGGCGCUUCUACGCAGAGUCGAUCCGGAACCCGGAGGCGUUCCCGGCAUCCCCUGCAGAGUCCUACCACAAGUUCCGCGACAACCCCACGCCCGAAGUGGGAAUGGUCUACAUGGGCGAAAACUGCAAUACCAGUGCGCAGGGCUCUUACUACCUGACAACGAAUUCAAAAACUCCGUUCGGAAAAGGCAUGGACGGUAUCAAUUCAAAAAGCAAAAAACAACAAAGAUAGGUCACCUAGUUAGAAGUAGUACCUGAGCAUUUAGUAUAAAUUGAAACGCACAUUAACUGUAGGUAUACUUAGGUAUUGGUAGAUUUAGGAUUUUCAU